CAGAAGACAAUGCGCACCGAGCGUCAUUGUGCGUCAGCUCCAGUUGCCCAGCCACAGAAGAAAGGGAAGGCGCACAACAUAACCCGUACUGUAGUUAAUCAAUCUUUAUUUUUAACGAUUAUUGUUGUUUAAAUUGGCAUAUCAACAACGCGCCUGGGACAGUCUACCAGUACACUUUACCCCCGCUCUGGCACACUCGCAACCCGAAAUGAGCGGCAGCGGGCGGCCCAGGACAAGCUCGUUUGCUGAGCCUCCGGGGGUCCCGGGAGCCGCUGCAGCCGCUACCGGAACAGCCGUCGCCGGUGGAAGCUCUUCAGGAAAACCGGGGGGCGCACAGGCCUCAGGCGGGAGUUCCUCUGGUUUCGGGAACUUAAAGCUGGGCAGAGAUAGUGGGAAGGUGACAACAGUAGUAGCCACGCCAGGGCAAGGUCCGGACCGCCCUCAGGAAGUCUCGUACACAGACAUCAAGGUGAUUGGGAAUGGUUCAUUCGGGGUGGUGUAUCAGGCCCGACUUAUUGACAGCCAGGAGAUGGUUGCCAUAAAGAAGGUGCUUCAGGAUAAGAGGUUUAAGAACCGUGAGUUACAGAUAAUGAGGAAGUUGGACCACUGUAACAUUGUCAGGCUACGCUACUUCUUCUACUCCAGUGGAGAAAAGAAAGAUGAAGUGUAUCUAAAUCUGGUGCUUGAUUUUGUACCAGAAACCGUGUACAGGGUGGCACGUCACUUUAACAAGUCUAAGACCACCAUCCCCAUUAUCUAUGUCAAAGUGUAUAUGUAUCAGUUAUUUCGCAGUCUGGCGUAUAUUCAUUCCCAAGGUGUCUGCCACAGAGACAUCAAACCACAGAAUCUCCUGGUGGACCCAGACACAGCUGUACUCAAACUGUGUGACUUUGGCAGUGCAAAGCAGCUAGUUCGUGGGGAACCCAAUGUGUCGUACAUCUGUUCGCGAUACUACCGCGCCCCUGAACUGAUAUUUGGAGCCACAGAUUACACGUCUAACAUUGAUAUAUGGUCAGCUGGUUGCGUAUUAGCAGAGCUGCUGCUGGGGCAACCCAUAUUCCCUGGUGACAGUGGAGUGGACCAGCUAGUGGAGAUCAUUAAGGUUUUGGGGACCCCCACAAGAGAACAGAUCCGUGAGAUGAACCCCAACUACACAGAGUUUAAAUUCCCACAGAUCAAAGCACACCCUUGGACAAAGGUGUUUAAGCCGAGAACUCCUCCCGAAGCCAUCUCAUUGUGUUCUCGUCUGCUGGAGUACACGCCGGUGACUCGUCUCUCGCCGCUGGAGGCCUGCGCACAUGCUUUCUUUGAUGAGCUGCGCCAGCCCAACGCCCGACUGCCUAACGGGCGAGAACUUCCCCAGCUCUUCAACUUUAGCCCUGUGGAGCUGUCUAUUCAACCGCAGUUGAACUCCAUUCUCAUUCCUCCUCAUGCACGCUCGCAGACGACACCUGCCUCACACGAGGGCAGCGGUUCAGAUGGUCCAGCCCAGUCAAGCUCAGCACCGGGACCCCUGAGCAACAACACCUAAUUGUUUCCUCUGCAUUACUGCUAUCACACAAUGUUAUCCCCUCUCUCCUCAUCCCUGCUUUUUCAUUCCUCUCUCCUUCCAACAGCAGCUCCAAACGUCUCUCUUGCUCCCUCUUUCUUGCUCCUACUCACACUUGUCACCUUGUGUUACGUGUAGUCAUCUUCUCCCAUUACGGAUCAAGUGUGUGAUGCCCAAGGAGAUGACGGGAGGAGAUAAUGAGGUUGACUAAAAUCGGCACGCAUCUCGGCUCAUGGCUCUAUGUCUGUUUCUGCUGUGAGCUGGUUAUGGUCAUCUUUAGGUUUGAGGACAGGGAAGGGCUUGUUAGGGCGUCUCUGCCCCCUAGUGGCAGGAAGAGCACCGCACAGUUACUGCUCUGUCUGCCACUAUCAUCCAUUUGACAUUUUAAGCAAAUGAUAUCUAAUUAUUGACCUAGAUUAGUCCUUUAUUCGACUUUGUUCUUAAACUUUGAUACAUUUUAGCUUUCUUUAUGUGUUCUUGGGCAGAAGCAAGGACCGUGAUGUGUUUUAUAAAGCAGUGAGCGUGAGUCCAGAUGUGCGUCCGGAGAAUGUGUUUCUCUUUAAAAGUGGAGAGGGAUAUGAGCUAAAAUGGGUUGAGUGUCUUAAAGUGUGUAUGUAUGCUAGUGUUUUAAGUAAUCAUUGCACACACUCUUGUGUUUUAAUUUCUUUUAAGGAGGUAUUUGGAUAAGCUGAGGCGGGGUUGCUGGGUUUUUUGUUUAGUUUUUCAGUUUCAGUAUAAAAAUUUGCUCGGGUUUUACUUUCGUGCAUGUACACACACACAGGCCAAUUCCAUCAAUAGUUGUGUUAGCCAUUUAUUUUAUUACAGUUGUAUAUUAAGAAUCGAAACCUGUGUGUGAGUAUGUGUUUAUAUAAAUUGAUUUUACCAUGCGUACUAUAGUACGUUCAUGGUUUUAACAGAGAUGCGCAAGCACGCUCGCUCAAAGAGCUAGAGGUAUACCAUAAAUUCCCCAAAAAACACUUUGCAAAUGAGACAUUUUCACAAAUGGAGCUGUUUCCCUUCUUUCAUCCCUCUUCUAUCCAUGUCUCUCAUUGCUAAUAUGUAAAUGCCAUGUACCUUUUAUUUUGUUAUUUUUGUUAUCGUUAUUCUGUUGUCCUUGUAAUUUGAUUUUUUUUCCCUUUAGUGGGAUAGUGCUGGUAAGAGCAGAAGCCAUCUUUCUCUCUCUAGCCCAUUCUUUCGCUUUCUCCUGUGCCCUCAUCAUUCAGCUGUACAUAACAUUUCAUCCGGCCUCUCCAUGUGUAGGGAGGAAGACAAAACUGAACAAAAUUUUGUUUUUACCUGAUAUCUCUCAGUCUCUUUCUCUUACUCUCUCUCCUCACCUGCCCUUCCCCCUCCUCAUCAGUGUUAAUUCUGAUCGUUUUAUUUAUUGUAUUGCUGUCUGAUUCAGUUUUUUUAACAGUCUGAUGGGGGAGGGGUUUUGUGUGUGAUGUCAUUGGUGAAAUGUUCAUAUCUCAAACUCUGGAAUAUCAUUCGAUGAAAUGUUCUGGACGGGGCAGGUUCACACUACCACACACAGGCUGCUCGACCCAUCAGUGAAGAAACGAACGGUUAAAGGAGAGAGAGGGAGAGAUAAACAAUGUUUUUGUUUGUUGGUAUAAAUAAUAAACUCAUUAAUAAAGUUAUACCAUUUC